UUGUAUUUUAUCACUGGAUCGACGUUUUAUAUCUGAUUUAUUCAGUUUCAGUUGAUCGUGUUACAGAAAAUUCAGUUUUCCCCAUUGAUACUGUCGAUUUUGAAAAAAAUAUAUAGCACAAUGGGACGAGUUGGAAAGAAAUUUAAAAAGUUCUGUAACUGGGCCUUUUCUCGGAAAUCCGGGAAAAUCCAGCAGAACCAGUGCACAACCGAGGGCGACCUCGGGCCCCAGAGAUGUUCUGAUGGCGAAGCUGGACCAAGUAACGCCGCGUUCAUCUCUCACAUUUAUACUGGAGCAGAUGGUGUUUCACCAUGCCCAGCACCACAGAAAGCGGAGAAGAAACUUAAGAGGUUACGGAAAUGGUUUUCUCGUAAAUUCAAGAAAACUACAACCGGAGCCCAACAGACCCAGCCGAGCAGCCCACAGACUCAGGGAUCCCCUGAUAGUGGAGCUGCCAGUGUGUUGCAGAGGCCGGUUCAGGACGAGCGGGUCAACAACAGGUGCGUGUCUAUCCAGACCCCUGUGAAGACCCCGUCAACAGAAACCGAACAGCACGACGACACUGAAUGCUGGCACUUGUGUGUAUCUUCUCUGACCACCGCGGAUAUCAGCGAAUCUGACCGCGCUUCACUGCAAAGCUGGCUCACCUGUGCGUCUUCGCUUGGCACCGCGGAGAACAGCGAAUCUGACCGCGCUUCAGUGCAAAGUUGGCACUCUUGUGCGUCUUCGCUUAGCACCUCAGAGAACAGCGAAUCUGACUACGCUUCACUGGACAGUAGGCACUGUUGUGGAUCUUCGACUAGCAACGCGGAGGACAGCGAAUCUGACUGCGAUUCAGUGCACAGUAGGCACUGUUGUGGGUCUUCGCCUGGCACCGCGGAGGACAGCGAAUCUGACCGCGAUUCAGUGCACAGUAGGCACUGUUGUGGGUCUUCGCCUGGCACCGCGGAGAACGGCGAAUCUGACCGCGAUUCAGUGCACAGUAGGCACUGUUGUGGGUCUUCGCCUGGCACCGCGGAGAACGGCGAAUCUGACCGCGCUUCAGUGCAUAGUGGGCACCCUUGCACGUCUUCGCCGACCCCUGACCCCAGUGUGUCCGAGAAAAGCACCGCUUCCUCAUCGAAUGACGCUUUUUGGAAGACAGAAAGGCAAAUCCCAGUGAAUUUGGAGGGGAAAACAGGUGACAUCAAUGAGGAAUAUCAAGUCAAGAGGGUUUUAGGUCGUGGAGGGUUUGGAGCUGUCUAUGCUGGAAUUCGUCGGUCGGAUUCACAAAAGGUGGCAAUCAAAAAUGUGAACAAGGAUGAAGCAGGAAGAACCAUGAAGAUUCUACCAUAUCAGAAGACUGUUCCACAAGAAGUCGGUUUGAUGUAUUUGAUGAGCAGAGGUCCUUAUGUUCCUCAAAUAAUACAGCUGCUGGAUUGGUAUGAGACGCCAAGCCAAUACAAACUGGUGCUAGAGCGUCCCAAAUCCUGCAUGGACCUGCAGAAGUUUGUAUGGCGGCGUCGUAAGAAAAUGAGUGAAUCGAUAGCACGACUGGUGAUGCACCAGGUGGUCACUGCUGCAAACGCAUGCUGUGAAAGGGAUGUCUACCACAGCGACAUCAAGCCGGAAAACGUGCUCAUCAACCCCCACACCUUUCAGAUCAAACUAAUAGACUUUGGUGUUGGAAGACUCAUCACCAGCUCUGGUUAUUCAACAUUCUGUGGCACAAUGCCUUAUGCUCCUCCGGAGUAUUACGACUGUGAAAGGUUUCACGCCAAGCCUGCAACGGUGUACUCUAUAGGUGUAAUGUUGUUCAGGAUGCUGCAUAGAAAAUACCCUCGAAGAGAGCUCAGUAGAAUUGUCGCCAGAACCUGGCAGUGUGACAGACUAUCCAAAGAAUGCAUAGAUCUGAUCUGUUCAUGUCUGCAAAGUGAUCCAGACGAGCGAAUUCCUCUUGAAGACAUCCUCCUCCAUGACUGGUUCCAGAUAAGAGCACAGCUGAAGAAGAUCCUGGGACAUGAAGAAGAUAACACCAAGCUCCUUCUCUUCAUCCAGCUUCUAACACCAAACUCCUCCUCUUCAUCGAGCAACCUAACACCAAACUCCUCCUCCUCAUUGAGCAACCUAACACCAAGCUCCUCCCCUUCAUCAAGCCAUUAA